UACAAAAGAAGAGUCCACCAUGGUUAAUGUUAAUCCAAGAGUAUUUUUUGAUAUAGAGGUGGGAGGUCUCCCAAUGGGCCGUAUAGUCUUUGAAUUAUUAGCUGAUGUUUGUCCAAUAACAUGUGAAAACUUUCGUACUUUAUGUACUGGAGAGAAUGGAAUUGGGAAAACGACUGGAAAACCAUUGCAUUACAAGGGAAUUGUUUUUCAUAGAGUAGUUAAAGAUUUUAUGAUUCAGGGUGGUGAUUUUUCAGUAGGUAAUGGAACAGGUGGUGAAUCUAUUUAUGGAGGAACAUUUGCAGAUGAAAAUUUUAUUCUGAAACAUAACAAGUCAUUUUUAUUAUCAAUGGCAAACCGUGGAAGAGAUACAAAUGGUUCACAAUUCUUUAUUACAACACAACCAGCGCCUCACCUCGACAAUGUCCAUGUGGUUUUUGGAGAAGUAGUAUCUGGCCAGGAAAUUGUUACACAUAUUGAGGGACUUCCUGUAGACCGUAUGUCCCGUCCACUACAAGAUGCUAAGGUUGUAAAUUGCGGAGAACUUGUAUUAAAGGUUAAAAAUAAAGCAAAGAAACGCGAAAAGAAAGAAAGUAGUUCAUCGGAUUCAGAUUCUGAAUCCUAUGCAGAAAAAUCUAAGAAGAAAAAGAAAGCUAAGAAAAACAAGAAAAGAGCAAAGUCAGAAGAUGGUGAAAUUCAUGAUUCAAACGAAGAUGAUCUUGGAAAACCUCAUCCGCUUGUUUCAGUAACUAAAAUCGAUCCGGAUGAAAUACCGGAAGUACCAGCUAAUAAAUUUUUGUAUAGAGCAGGGCCUACUAAUAAUGCAAACCAAAAAGAAUUUCGACAACAUUAUGGAAGGGACCGGGUACGAUCACAUAGAAAAACUGGUCGCAUGUUUAAAGGAAGAGGAAUAUUUCGUUAUCAUACACCUUCGCGUAGUCGUUCAAGAAGCGUAACACCGCCUCAUUGGAAACAGGCUCAAAAUCGUACUAUUAAAUUGCACGAAUUUCAGAAAUUAGAGAAAGAACGUUUAAAAAAGGAAGAGGAAUUAAAGAAACGCGAGGCGGAUAGGAUUAAAAAGUUUUCCGAGAAUCCUGACGAAGAUAGUCAAAUGAUGGACAAGUUCGAUGCUGAUACACGGGUAUCCGAAGAACUGGAGAAUAAGGAGAAUGAUCAGUUGGAAGAAAAGAAGGAUGACGAUAAAAACGUGGAACAGGACCAAGAUAAUUUGAACGCUAGUUCUGAUGUAAAUGAUUCUAUGACAAAGGACAAAGUAGACGGAAAGCAUAAAAAUGAUAAAACAGUAAAGCGUGGUUCACAUCGGUCAUACGGGGAGAGAUCUUCACGACGUGAGUCGCGGGACAGGAGUAGAAGACGCGGAAGUGGUCGUUCGAGAUCACGGGAUCGUCGAAGAUCUCGGGAUAGGGAUUACGAUCGUAGGACUAGUCGUGAUAGAAGAAAUAGGAGGAACUAUUAUCCACGCAGACGGGAUACUUAUAGGAUGAACAGACCAGGCAGAGAUAAUUACAGAUAUUAUGACAGACGUAAUGAUUACAGAAGGACAAACAACUCUAAUUCUAAUUACGACACAGAUAAGAAUCGAAGAAAGAGUGAUAAUAUGUCGGACACUAAUAAUCAACCAAAAUUCAAACGCCGCUCACGUUCAACUAGUUCUAGUAGUCAACACUCCAAAGACUAAAUAUUUUGUUCUUUUAUUGUUUGCAUAACACAGGGAAAUAUUAUUUAUGCAGUAAGC